AGUAAUUAUUCAGUUGGCACUCCUUGACCUCUCCUACUAAAACUGACAUUAAAAAUGCAGCAGAACCAAAAGAGAUAGACAAAGUCAGGACUUUCAGGACAAAUCUAGACGACCGGGACGUGUUGGGGAUCACUUCUGGGGGAAACGGACAGUUGAAUAUAAAACCGAGAGCAGAGUUUUGUGUGAUGAGGCAAUGGAGCCUUGUGGAUCAUUGGAGAUACACAACAAGGGAAAGAUGUACAAGGUGAAGAGGGCGCUCGUGGUGAGGAACACUUUGGUUCGAGAAUGCUUGGGUGAGAUCCUGGGCACCUUCGUUCUCAUGUUGUUUGGCUGCGCUGCCGCGGCUCAGGUAAAAACAAGCAGGGAGACGAAGGGCCAGUAUCUCUCCGCCAACAUGGGCUUCUCCGUGGGCGUCAUGUCUGCCAUGUACCUCUGCAGGGGAGUCUCAGGGGCUCACCUGAACCCCGCAGUCUCCUUCAGCUUUUGUUUCCUGGGCCGGCUGACCUGGAGGAAGCUGCUGCCGUUCAGCCUCUCGCAGGUGCUGGGCGCUUAUCUGGCUUCUGCUGUUGUUUUCAUUGUUUACUACGAUGCCAUAAUGGUGUACAGCGGGGGAGUGCUCACCGUCACUGGACCCAAUGAAACUGCAUCCAUCUUUGCAACCUACCCCUCAGACAUUCUGUCUUUGUGGAGAAGUUUCUUUGACCAGGUGGUUGGCACGGCGAUGCUGUUGCUAUGCAUACUGCCCCUGGACGACAAACGAAACAGCCCAGCUCCUGACGCUCUGCUGCCUCCCAUUGUGGCCGCCGUGGUCCUGGGCAUCUCAGUCUCCAUGUCCUCCAACUGCGGGGGGGCCAUUAACCCCGCCAGGGACCUGGGGCCCCGGCUCUUCACGCUGACGGCCGGCUGGGGCACCGAGGUUUUCACGUGUUUUAAUUACUGGUUCUGGGUCCCCUUGGUGGCUCCGAUGCUGGGCGGCACCGUGGGAUCCGCCAUGUAUCUGAUCUUCAUCCAGUGGCACCUCCCUGACUCCGACCCGGAGCCCGACAUGAGCCCGGCUGGCAUCCCGGUCUCCAAAUACACGGAAGAACAGCUGGCACCCAUGGAGGAGAAACCUGCAAAGGAGAAGGAGGACGUCUUCUGAACGGGUUAAUGUUGAAAACAUUGAACACGGUGACGCUGUCUGGGGCUGGUAAAGCAGAGCAUUGGGUCUGAUGAGAUCAGAGCUAAUUUGCUCAAAUGUUCCACUUCACAACUUAAAACCAGAUUAAAAUGCUCAUUUAAGUAAAACUACCCUUAAAAUAUUUUAUUUAUAUACUGAAAUAUUUCAGCGUUUUAUACAGAAGCAACUAAACUCCUACUUGUUGGUUGAAAAAUGGCUUUUAAAGUCCUAAAGAUUUAUAUUGCUGUCCAUUCAGAUUCUUGCUACAUUCCAAUUGGGACAUAUGCUAUCAGUGUCGUUGACGCAUCUU